AUGUUCGGAAUUUCAGUGGCGCUGGCGUUUUUGGGCGUCGCUGCCUCCCUAGCUUCCGCGGCGCCCGUCAGCAACAACCCAACAACCACGGUGGUCCUCCCGCCGGGCGCUUCCAACCAUGGCGACGAGAACCUCCUCUGCCGGCCUACGAGGUGGACCGACAUGGCCUUGUUUUUUAUUGGAAAUUAUGCCGCCUACGCGGCAACGGUGGUGACAUUGUCCGGGGAGAGCACCUCAGCGGCCUUCUCGCUGCUCAUGGCCGUCUUCGGACAGAACAGCUUGGAGGUGGCGGCCCGUUCGGAAGCGCUCUACAUGGUGGACAAGAAGGGAACCGAGUUCAAGCCUGAGGGAACCUUCCACGGGAAGCACUCCAGCACACUCCCACCCGGUUACGCCUUUCGGGUCGUUGCUAGAAACUCGCGCUUUUUCGGCUACGCUGCGUUUGGUCUCACCGUCACCCCGUACGUCCUCGUGUCGGCCAUCAAUCUGCUGGGCAACCUGGCGCGGCCGUCUUACCAAACCAUGUUCAUCGUCGAGUCGUCGGAUAUGAAAGAUGGUGGCGGUGACAUAUCCCGACGCCUGCACCUGCGGGGCGAGGCGAAGAAGUACCGGAUCGCCAGGAAGGAGCUGGCCAGAGACCUACUGCCGGGAUUGGAGUCCAGGUUGUACGCCCUGGAGUUUGCAGUGCCGCUCCUCGGCAAGUUCGCGCACGUCAUGCGAUUGAUCACGUUGCGUUAG